AUGCCAGCUAAAAAAGAGAUGAUUAGACUUGCAGACCUAGAAAGAAAAGCCGUGAAUGACACAUUUGUCAUCUUGUCUGACAUAUGGCUGGAUGACCAAGAGGUUCUCGGGAAGCUGGAAACUGUUCUGGAUGGUUUUAAAAGACUGGAGAUAGUGCCCUCUUUGUUUGUUUUCAUGGGAAACUUUUGCUCUCGCCCUUGCAACUUAUCGUUCAGUUCUUAUUCAAGCUUGAGGAAGCAGUUUGGUAAACUUGGAGAAAUGAUUGGAAAACAUUCACGGCUAAAAGAAAACAGUCGGUUUUUAUUUAUUCCAGGCCCUGAUGACGCAGGUCCCUCGACAGUCUUGCCAAAGUGCCGUUUACCAAACUAUUUAACCGAAGAGCUUCAACAAGUUAUUCCCAAUGCGAUAUUCUUAAGCAAUCCUUGCAGAGUGAAGUUCUACAACAAGGAGAUUGUGUUCUUCCGACAAGACCUUCUGAACCGGAUGCGCAGUUCAUGCUUAAUAACUCCUUCCUCAGAAGAAACUAAUGACCCAUUUCAACACCUUGUCUCCACAAUAACUCAUCAGAGUCAUCUAUGUCCCCUACCUCUCUUGGUGCAGCCCAUCAUUUGGAACUAUGAUCACUGUCUUCGACUGUACCCAACUCCUCAUACGAUUGUAUUAGGUGACAAUAGUGAGCAAAAGGUGGUCAAACUUGAAGGAACAACAUGUUUCAAUCCAGGCUCCUUUUCAACUGAUAGGACCUUCGUAGUUUAUCGACCUUCUACACAAGAAGUCGAACUCUCUGCUCUGUGA